GCCUCACAGAAAUGAUUGCACAUGUGAAUCUAACUGUGAUCUUCCUCCAGUUUUGGUUUGAGCAAAACAUGCUCUAUUGUUCCGGAAGUGGGGACGGUGGGUAGGAUGGUGGUUGGGUUCUCAUUAGAUUUGAAACCGAAUUAUAAAAAACAAACAGUUACUGGCUGGGGAGACAAGGGCGGACUGUUUUGCACAUGAUUCGUUGAUUUGGGUUGUGAUGCGUUUUUUUCACUUUUUUUUUUUUCAUUGCUGCAUUUGUGUAGCACCAGGGAGGUGCACCGAAUCUGAGACUGUGUUGCUCGGCGGGAGUAAAAGAAUCAGUUCCUCGGGUCAUAGAAAGAACGAUAUUCCAUCUGGAUUAGUUUUAUUGUCCUGUUACUGUUGGCCCAGGAUGCUGGAAACAUUAUCACACAAUGAAUGGAGCCACCCGGCUUCUCACACAGUUUUAUUAUAAUGCCGAAGGACUCGAUGUCUACACUGUACCAAAUUGAGACUAUUUUAUUCCUCUUUCUCCUCCUCCUUUGUGCCUGUAAUGCGUGUGGUUCAGCUGAAUAUAAAACAGGAGCGGAGUGCUGUCCCAUGUGUGCGCCCGGGACCCAUGUUUACAAGCACUGCACAGAGUACACCAGUACAUCCUGUGUUCCAUGUGUGGGGUCCACCUUCAUCGACAAGCCAAACGGGCUCACUAAGUGCACUCCUUGUAUGGCCUGUGACCAUGGUCUGGGUGUAAAGACAGUAAAGGAGUGUACAGCCUCUUCAGACACAGUGUGUGGAGUCCUGGAAGGGAACUAUUGUAUUGAUCCUUAUAAGGGAGGAUGUAGAGCAGCACAGAAACACACAACCUGCAAACCUGGACACUUCAUCAAACACCCUGGAACAGAAUACAGUGACACUGUGUGUGAGAACUGCCCCGAAAAGUCCUACUCCAACGGAUCCUCUACAUCCUGCACACCACACACGGACUGUGCCUCCAGAGGGCUCUGCACACUCAAACAAGGGGACAGUGUGUCUGACUCUGAAUGUGUCCACCGCAGUAGACUUGGACUUCUUGUUGCUGCAGUAGGUGCAGUAGGUGCAGUAACAGUAAUGUGCAUCUAUGGAAAAUAUUCAUCUCCUCCAGAUGUUAAUUUGGAAGACACAACAAGUAUGAAACAGGAGUGUCCAAUGGGAAAUGUGCAUCCACUGACUGCUUGUACAGAUGUGUGAAAUGUAACAUGAGACCUUCAGAGACUUUUUGUUCAGCUUCCACUGUUUGAGGUCCUGCACAACAGAAGAGAAACUCAUUUUCAUGUUGGUUAUGAGAAAAGUGUUAAUAACUGUGGUAUUACUUUAUGAGUGUAUUAUAAUAUGUGGGUAUAAUGUGCAGCUGUGUCUCAUUAAAGAUUUACAGAAAGUUUGCAGUUUCCCGCAUCUCCCUCUGUGACCGUAGUAAAUAUACAGGGAUCCACUGCCACAGUACAUAACUGUAUAUAUACAGGUAUACCCCGGUAUAGUCGGGGGGUGCAGCGGCGCAGCGGGUUGGA